UUAGAUGUGGCAGUAGCUGUAAAUAUAGACUGGUUAGAUUAGAUAUAACUAUACCUGUAAAGAUAGAUGAACAUUUAGAUGUAACGAUAGAUUUACAGAUAGACGAACAGUUAGAUGUAACAAUAAUUGUACAGAUAGACGAACAGUUAGAUGUAACGAUAGAUUUACAGAUAGACGAACAGUUAGAUGUAACAAUAAUUGUACAGAUAGACGAACAGUUAGAUGUAACAAUAAUUGUACAGAUAGACGAACAGUUAGAUGUAACAAUAAUUGUACAGAUAGACGAACAGUUAGAUGUAACGAUAGAUUUACAGAUAGACGAACAGUUAGAUCUAAUGAUUGUUUGCAGAUAG